AACCCACAUUUACGUGAUGAUCUUCAUUCCAGCUCUGCCGGCUGCGUUCAUCUACCAGCUGGAAACACGCUAUUUGCAAAGUCAGGCUGUGCUCUUGCCUCAAGUAGUGACCGGCGUGGUGGUGAACGUGUUGAACGUGAUCAUGAACACCAUUUUCCUGCAUUCCUUCAAACUGGGUGUGGUAGGUUCAGCCUGGGCCAACACUCUUUCACAGAACCUGCAGGCAUCCCUGCUCUUCCUCGUCAUUUGGUGGAAAAAGAUCUAUAAGGAAACCUGGGGAG